UAAUAUGUAUCUACUAUGAUAGUAUUAGUUGCUAUUAUAUAUACUUUAGGAUUAGGACGAGUGAAACGCGUUCGCUGUCACCACGAUUUACCAAAUUGCAUCUGACAGAAACAGUUCAAUGAAGCUGAUUUCACGUGAUACUGCUGCAUGUUUGUUGUGUAUCAUCAUGUACAUUGAUUUUUAUAAAGUGGAGACGAGAAGCGUGAGAAAUAAGAGAGCUUUAUGGAACCUUGCAUAUCAAGUGGCCUAUUAUUUCGGAGCGGUCCAAGCCACUGCACUUCUAGACUAUGGGUGUUUUUGUGGAUGGCAUGGUAGUGGUACACCAGUUGACGGCGUAGAUCAAUGUUGCAAAGACCAUGAUGAUUGCUAUGAUCGUGUGGACGAAUGUUGGCCGAAAAUUUGGCCAUACUCAUAUGAACUUCAUCACGAAACAGUUAACUGUCAAAAUCAUCCCAGUUCCUGUAAGGGGAGAAUAUGUAUGUGUGACAAAGUUUUUGUGGACUGCCUUCAUAAAAACACGUUUAAUCCAGACAAUCAUGAUGUAGACAGAGAUGAACGUUGUCAGGGGAGAUAAUAAAUUUGAAACAUA